AUGGUUAUCAAGAGAGUUCUUAACGUGUCCAACUUUAAGUGUGCUUCAAGACACUAUAUCCCAAUUAAAUCAGCCUCUAUGUCAUACUACUCUGCAAGUGAAGUUAGAAGGCCCUACUCCAACAAUAUGUACCAGGAGACCAAGACUUUGAAUACAAACACUUCUGCUGCUCCAACAAAUAGCGGAAGCGAAGAAGUUUUCCACCCAACCAUCCACGGUGACGAAGAAGUGUUGACUGCUGGUCCAGUCAAUAGAGCUUAG